AUGCAUCUAUCCAAAUUCCUUUCUCUCUCACCACUCGUCGCAGUUGCCGCGGCAGACCACGUCUGGCAAUGCCAGACCAUCGGCUACGCUGACGGGCAUCUCUACUGCCGCAAGAACGCGCAGGGCCAAUGCCUCGGCGAUCUAGGCGACUUCCCAGCCAAGGACAAGUUCUUGCUGAACAUGGCCGUCGGCGACAACCCAGACAGGCCGAUGGACCCCAUCCGCCUCGCCGACCAGGUCGACUUCCACCGGUACAACGUCUUCGACCGGCGCCUCUACCUCGACAGCUCCCCCGGCGCCUUCGCCCCCAUGGGCUUCACGCACGACAACUCGACCCUGCGCGGCGGCGAGACGACGUGGGGCUUCUUCGGCGCCCAGGGCUUCCUCAUCUGGAGCUCCACGGGCCGCAUCGCCGACGCGGGCCCACCGGCCAAGGGCGGCGGCACGCAGGUCGUCGCGCAGCAGGGGUUCGACUGGGUCGAGAGCGACUGGCCUGGUGUCUACCAGCUGUACUGGAAUCAGACGCAGUGGGAGGAGGCGGUCAGGGGCAGGUACAACCUCCAGGCUGGGUUCUUUGGGCAGUGCUACGGAGACUACAGCCCGGUCAUGACGGAUGUGUCGUGA